CAACUCCUCAAUAAAAGUCUGUUGUACAAAAGAAAAAAAGCGGAAAGGGUACAAAUAAGAAGGAUCAAACCAGAUGGCCGACUCAAGUGAUACAGGAGAACUUUCCAACUCAGACAGCAUAGAAAGCGUUGAAGGAUCGAACCAGGUGGCCGACGACUCUACUACUGGAGACCCUUCCGACUCAGACAGCAUAGAAACCGUUCUUUCAUAUGCCGAGUUGCCUCCAGAAGGAAAAAUCAAUACUCCGACUGCCCACAACAAGAUUUUUGAUUUCUCAGAGGGAACGAGGGACAUCAUUCAAGAAUUUAACAUCGCUCGUAAUCGAGCUCACGAACUGGAUGAGGAUGAUGAUUCCACCAAGCAAAACGUUUUCGACGAUCUGCAUAUGCUGUAUCUACCACUCCUGCAGGAUUCACUCGGUCUCCUUGCAGAUGGACUAGACCCAUCCGAUCUGAUCGAGGACCAUUUUGAAUCAUCAAAGCAUGUCUUCACGCUUCAAUACGAAAUCAAAGCUGACAUUAAUUAUAUUAUAUCAACCAUUGCCAGGCUCUAUCCAGAACCAAGAUCGAUUCGGGCUGAUGAUCAUCAUCUCAAUGGAUUCAAGUCCUACAGACUUCUCCGGAUCAGAGAAGCAUUCCUUGACGAUGGAUUCAUGGCCAACUGGUGCGAUAUUUGUCGGACGGCCCGCCAACUGUUUGAAGAGAUCGAAGCUCAUCCGGUCAAAAUUAGGGAGAAGCUGCAAGGCACGAUCGGAAGCUCAGACCAGCCGGUCGAAGGCACGAUUGAAAGCCAGUUCAAUGCCACAUAUGAACUUCUGAGAACUCAUGUGGCCAAGGGAAUAUCUGUGAUCGACGUGGUCAUCGGAUGUCUAAAGGGAUCUGACCUCGAGCUUGUCAAAGCAUCUUGGUCGGACGACUUACUCAAGAUCGACGCUCAUCUAAACCUUUUCACUGCCCAGGUCCAUUCUCCAUCCUUCGAACUAGCCAACACCACCCCGGAGAUAUUGCUGGAAUCGAGGCCGCUUCAGCGCAAACAAGUCAUCAAACUCGUCCGAUUGACGAUCCCAAUCUUGAAGUUAUCAAGACUGUUUUUCAUCAAGAUCUCCUCCUUCUCCUCCUUCUUCUCUCAACAACAGCAACAACAAGAUAAUCCGAUGGAGAAGGAUUUAAGAGCAAGGGUACCGGGUUUCUUCUUCACACGAAUGAGUUCCAAACAACUCGACUCCUUUGCCCAAUCGAUCAAAAACCUCGCCCAAGAGCUCUUGAAUGUUAAGGAAUACAUCGAUGCUGCCGAUCAAGCUCACGGAACUGUACAUCCACAAGAGCUGAUGGAGCCCACCGAUAGGAUCAAAGCUAAUUUGGAAGCUCAUAUGCUUCUUGUUUAUGUGUAUUUGCUUCCGAACAUCAUCGACAACUCGCCUCCGAUCUCCUCUCCUCCUCGUCAUCUUGAUAAUCGCGUCGGCUUGUCCGAUUGGCUUGCUCAUUGGAACAUUCUCUUUCAAACUGCUAUUCAUAACCUCAAAGAUGCGAUCGCAGCUUAUGAUUAUUAGCUCUCAGCUUCUAGCUUGCCUUGUCCUCUUUUCUUUCCUUUUUUUCUUCUUCCAUGACCUAUAUUCUCUGCUCUGCAUGAUCGGUCUUUUAUAUCACCUCUCCAUCCAGCCUCACCCUUGAGCAAAAAGAAAUCAACAGUGUGUUUUGGUGAAGAUAAUUCACAAAAAAGAGAAAACAAAACAGAGAUAACUGUGUUUUCAGCUUGUUUCUGAUCGCUUCUUUGUAUGAAAGUCGAAUCCUGAUACGACGAGAUCUCAAGUUUGAAUGAAUGUAACAAAAGUGGAACUCUGUGUGGCUAAACCCAAAUAGUUUAUCGACAACGCGUAUCUUCCUUCCAGGACUCACUGUGCCAGAACAAGGAAGGAAAGAAACAAGAGAUACCUGAUACAUACAGGAACUUGGAUACCCAUUUAAGAUGACGACGAUGGCCGAGCCAGCAGCAGAGACAAACAAACCAUCAGCCUGAUUCUCGUGGCUUUCGAUCUCGGCCAAGGUAUUAUUGGCAUCUCGGCAGUACUUGCACGGUUGAUUUCGUUCGUUUACAGAUCCAGUCGUUCAAGGGCUUUAAGGAUCUCCUCACCAAGUUCCAACCCCAACCACCGACCGAUCCAGUUGGCGCACCAACUAAAUAAUCAGGCACCACCGCCGAACAACGAGGGACCGCCGGCAAAUGAGGGACCGUCGCCAAAUGAGGGACCGUCGGCCAAUUCGCAUGAUGACCAGCAAGACCUCUACGUUGCUCUCUCUUGAGGAAAUCAGCAAGCGGGAAGAGCUCUUGACACGCUUGGAUUCCCAUCUUCUCCCUCUCCUAAAAGA